AUGUCGACCCCGUUGCAGUGUCGCGGGACCGAUAGCGAAUACCAUCGAGUCUUUAAUAAAGUGCUCAAGAAACGACUAAAGUUUCUACUCAAGAUAAACAUAAUUCUAUCCGUCGUCGGAGCAAUUGCGCUCGAUCUACCAUUUCAAUCCAACUUGAGUCGAUGGAACCGCAUUCUAGUCAUGGUUUUCAUCAAGUGCCCACUCUUGUUUACGUCGCUCACGUUGAUCAGAGAGUCAAGAAAAAAAGACUCAACGGUUGAGUUUACGCCAUGCAAGACAUUGGGAUCUCAAAUCUGCCACGCCGUGAUAUCCCGACAAUUUUUGCAAGUCUCGUUAUUCCACGUUGCGUCUGCCUUGUUGGUUUAUGGCUUUUUCAUCUUCCAGUUGCCAUUCACGUUUGAGUAUUACUUGAUAUCCAAGGAGUAUAGGAAAUCUCCCUUGUUGAAUGACCAAUGGGUUUACUAUUGGACCAACGCCGUGACGCUCGCCGCUUAUUACGCGGCUAACCAGUUGGUGUUUCAGCGAAAUAUGAUCAAGGUGUCGUAUGGUCGUUACAGGAUCAAUCCGCAAAGCGCCUUAUUCUCCCAUAUUGCCGAGGCUUUUGGCCACUCGCUUGGGCUCAAUUUGAUAUUCACCGUUGGAUUUCCCAUUUUGUACUGGUUCAUCAAGCCUUAUAUCUACAUGUCCUUGGUUUGGCUUAGCUUGUUUGGUAUCGAUACGUCUACUCCUCCAAAUAACGUCACCAUUAGCACCUACAUGAAGAUGACCCUCUUGUCGAAUGUCAUUUUGUUGGGAUGGGAGCUCGCGAACCACUCCUUUGCAGUGUAUGCAACUAUUGGCUGCCUUGAUGGGAAAAAACCAUUGUCCACAUACAGCGACGAUCCCUUCAGGUGUCUACUUGGAGGCUUGAAAGAUGUUUCAAGUGCUCGCCAGUUGAGCAGGUUGACGGCGUUCCAAGAGUUGAUGUACAUCGCCACUAGUAGCGAUAAAGAGGCAGUCAAGUUGCGCUUGGCUCUUUUCAGCAUCAAGUCCAAAAAGGACAACAUUUGGCCGCAGUUGUAUACGGAAUGCGAGUUGGUGAUAAAAGAAGUCGGCGAUAGAGUCAAUCACAGAAGUGCAAAUGACAUGAAAGUGUUGAAUGGGCUCAAGUUAUCAGUCGAUAAUGACCUUGGUCCAAAAAACAAAAGCAGUAGAGUCCCUGAUCUAUUUGGAAGAGAAGAACAAGUACGAAAAGCGCGAAAAGAAGAUGAAACAAGAAAUCAAAGCUCAAAACUGACUCAUUUCUUUGCUCGGAUUCACGACAGCGAGACAUUGAGAUAUCUCGAUAAGGUUUACCAAAAAAGCACCAUCAACAAACAUUUAAAUCUCAACCGUGUAAAUGCUGUUCUUUGUCAAUAUAGAGACAAGCUUUUAGACUCGGACCUUGGGCUAUUUUUCAGAACAACGCUCAAGAGGGACUGCGAGUCGAGGGUGCGAAAUCCCGUGAAUUUCGGCAAUUCCAUCAUUGCCAUAUCGGGCAUUCUCCAACAUUCACUUGAAGACGAUUCUGUCGGCAUAGUACAGGAUGACGAUGUUGCCGCUGUGCUCAACCUAUUUGAGCGUACAUUCCGAGUAUGUGACAAUUACGUGACGCAUACUCCGGCAUCUGUGUUUAGAGCCUCCUCCCAGGGCAAGGAUCUGCUAAUAUUUAGACUAAGCGAGCUCACGCUUGGCAAAUUCAAUAGCCUCUGUCUCCAGUUCAAUGGACAGUUGUACGACCUCAACUUGAACCAAAGGACCUACAAGAUGGCUAAAUGGGUGGUCAAUAUUGCCAUUGCCGACAGAGAGCAAUUGGAGAGGAGAUAUUAA